AUGGCUCCUCUUACGCAUCGUUCCAUCAAGGAUGGCUGGUUUCGCGAGAUCUCUUCGCAAUGGCCGGGCCAGGCGAUGACCCUCAAGGUCAAGAAAAUCCUGCACGUUGAGAAGUCGUUGUAUCAAGAUGUGCUUGUCUUCGAGUCUGAGACGUACGGCAACGUGCUCGUGCUGGACGGCGUCAUCCAGUGUACCGAGCGCGAUGAGUUCUCGUACCAGGAGAUGAUUGCGCAUCUCCCCCUCGCGAGUCAUCCCAACCCGAAGAAGGUUCUCGUGAUCGGUGGGGGCGAUGGAGGUGUUGUGCGCGAGGUUCUCAAGCAUGACACCGUGCAGCAGGUCGUACUGUGCGACAUCGACGAGGCUGUUAUCAGGGUGUCUAAGCAGUACCUACCGCACAUGUCCGCUCUGCUUUCCGAUCAACGUGUGGUGGUACACGUCGGGGACGGAUUCAAAUUCCUAGAACAAAACACCUCCACGUACGACGUGAUUAUCACCGACUCGUCGGACCCGGUCGGCCCUGCUGAAUCGCUCUUCAAAAGGCCAUACUUCGAGCUCCUCCAUGGCGCGCUCACGCCUGGAGGCCAUAUCUCGACCCAGGCGGAAUGCCUAUGGCUCCACUUGCCGCUCAUCCACGAGCUGCAACAGACCACGCGCGGGCUGUUCCCUGUAGCGGAGUACGCGUUCACGACGAUCCCCACGUACCCGUCGGGACAGAUUGGCUUCGUGGUAUGUUCCAAGGAGCCGGGGCAUGACGUGAAGGUCCCCGUGAGAAAGGUCACGAACACGCGCUACUACAAUGCUGAGGUGCACAAGGCUGCGUUUGUCCUCCCCGAGUUCGGUCGAGCGAUGAUCAAGGAAAACAAGAACAUUCUGCCUCAACUCGGCAGAUCCCUUGCGGCGAACAAGCCCGCGAAGAAGGUGCUGUUGCUCGGUAGUGGUUCCGUCGCGCGACCAUGCGCCGAGUAUGUUGUGCGCGAGCCGUCAAACUCGCUUACCAUCGCUUGCCGCCAUCUGGCAACAUCUCAAGGCCUUGCCUCAGAGCUGCCCAAUACCACCGCGAUCUCUCUCGAUGCUGCAGACGAAGAGGCUCUUGGAAAGGCCGUGGCUGAGCACGACCUCGUUAUCUCGCUCAUUCCCUAUAUCCACCAUGCUGCGGUCAUCAAAGCGGCUAUCAAGGGCAAGACACAUGUCGUCACCACAAGUUAUAUCAACCCUGCGAUGAAGGCGCUCGAGGACGCGGCGAAGAAGGCGGGCAUUGUGGUUAUGAACGAGAUCGGUCUCGACCCAGGUGUCGACCAUCUAUACGCGAUCAAGACCGUCGACGAGGUACACGCCAAGGGCGGAAAGAUCAAGGAGUUCUUCUCCUACUGCGGUGGUCUGCCCGCCCCCGAAUGCUCGGACAACCCGCUUGGCUACAAGUUUUCAUGGUCACCGCGCGGCGGACUACUCGCGCUGCUCAACUCCGCGUCGUUCCUCAAGCAGGGCCAGCAGGUCGACGUUCCCGGGCCGGAGCUCAUGGACACGGCCAGGCCAUACUUCAUCUCUCCCGGGUAUGCCUUCGUUGCUUACCCCAACCGCAACUCCGUAACAUUUCGCGAGGCAUAUCGAAUUCCGGAGGCAGAGACGGUCGUCCGCGGCACGUUGCGCUACCAGGGCUUCCCCGAGUUUAUUAAGGCGCUCGUUCAGCUCGGCUGGCUUAAUUUCGAGAAGAAGGAGUGGUUGAAGGAGGGCUUGACGUGGGCUGAGGUUAUGCAGAAGGCGAUCGGUGCGAGCCAUGCCAGCGAGAGUGCGCUCAUCGCACGCGUCAAGGAGCUCUGUGCGUUCCCCAAUGAAUCCGAGAGCCACCGCAUCAUCUCGGGCUUGAGGUGGAUUGGUCUGUUCUCUUCGGAGAAGGUGACGUCUCGCGACGGCAACCUGCUGGACACGCUCUGCGCGCAGCUUGAGACGCUUAUGAAGUACGAUGAGGGCGAGAGGGACUUCAUCAUGCUGCAGCACAAGUUCACCGUCGAGUGGCCAAACGGCAAAGUGGAUACGCUCACCUCCACUCUCGAGGCGUACGGCGACCCCAGUGGUCAUUCCGCCAUGGCGCUGUACGUCGGUGUGCCGUGCGGUAUUGCCGUGCAGCUCGUUUUGGACGGUGUUUUCAAAACCCCGGGCAUCCACGCGCCGUACUCGAAGGAGAUUUGUGAUCCCAUCCGUGCGAUUCUCGAAAGCGAAGGGCUCGGUCUGGUUGAGAGGGUGUUGUAA